AUGUCUGUGGUACCCAACUAUGGUAUGAACAAAUCCAUGGGCUCAUGGGAUCACCCGUUUGAUAAGGAACAAACUCAAGAGAGUGACUUCCACUGCUUGAACGGAGAAUCAAGGAAAGUGCAAAUGAUGUAUAGGAAAUCGCCCUUCUAUCUGGCUGAUCUCGCAGAACUGGACUGUAUGGCUACACAAUUUCCUUUUCGACCGAGC